GCCUGGGUCUCUGUCUCGCCCAUUUGCUGGGCUUCCUUGGCUCCGUCCCCGGGAGGCCGGGCAAGGCUGGCAGAAGAGGUCAGUGUCCUGGGCCCAUGAUGCUACCCUUUCUCUCUGGCACUUUUCCCCUUCCUGCCAUUUGGGGGGACUGGUUGAGUCCUCUGGCCGGGCUGUGGUUCACGGAGGCCAGUUUCCGUACCUCUGCAGGGUAGGCAGUGGGGGGCUGUAUCCACGUCCCCCCAAGGGGUGGAGUGACCGCGCAGGGAUAUGCCAGAGCGGAUGCCACUGUCUUUACCCUUCGCUUAGCCUUCACCUGCAGGUCAAAGUAGGCUCCACUUCCGCUUGUCUACCCCAGCCUGUCCUUUGGUCCCAAGAGCAAACUGGUUGAACUAGUGGAGAUUGUGCGGAUGCUAAGUCCUGGGCUUCAAGACCUCUUCCCUGUCACCCUGCCUUGAGGGAAGACUUCAGAGAUGAUGGGACCUCGCCAGGUGGAGAAAAGAGAAAGGGCACUGGGAGCAGAAGGAAGAGUGGAAACAAAGGACUGGAGGCAUGAAAGUGCACAUGCUAUUUGGAGGACGUGCUCUGGUCUGGUGCCCUUGCCUGGCCGCUCCUGCAGCUGAAUGGACUUCUCUCUGGGCCUACGUUUGGGGCCUCGGAACAAGAAGGCCAGCCACCAACAUCCCCCUCCACCCUCCGGGCACGGCCCACCAGCUGCCUCCCCUUGUCUGUCCUGCCCCCCCUCUCCCUGUGCCUGCCCCUGCCCUGGCUGUCCCCCUGCCACCUGCUCCUGCACUACCUAUCCCUAUUACGCAGCUCCCUGCCCCUCCUGUCCCGGCCUCCCUGGCCCACCCUGUACCUGCCCCUGCCCUCCCUGCCCUGCCUGUCCGCCCUUGACUUGUCCCCUCAGUUCCUGCAGCCCCUGCUCUGCUCCGCAUUUGACCUGCUGCCACCCCUCUCCCUGCCCCAUGUACCCUUGCUCCAGGGGUCAAGCCGCCUGUUCCAGCUCCUGCUUGGGCUGCAGUGACAGCUGUGGCCGUGGCCGGGGGGCUGCCCGGGGACCUCCAGGCUCCGCCGGCCGCUGCAGCUGCUGCUUCAGGGGACACCGCACCUCUCGACACUGUCUGAUAGUCUAGCUGGGC